GUCAGUUUGGAGCUGACGUCGGCGAAAUGAAAUCGCCUUGUUGCAGUUUUCCUCACAGAAUGGAAGUUGUCGUGGAGGUGAUACGGACUAAACUUGCUUGACUUGGCAGGAUAUUGAACUCAGUGUCCUUUCUUUUUUUCUACAAAGUUUAAGACUGCCGUAACAACGAAGCCCAUCUUUGUGGCUGCUCAUCUUAUAGUGCCCCCGCAUGGACGAUGAGGAGGAUGAUGUGUUUGAGCCAGACCCCUGGCGCACCACAUUCAGGGAGAUAAAGUGUGAAGACCGGGGCACACAGACACCUGGCCCUGUCCUGGCACCGACCAACGGCAUGCUGCCCUGUGGAGUUGCAGAGGAGCCCAGACCACUCUUCUACGGCUACGCAGGUUUUCGAUUGCACUUCCCGGCACACUUUGAGCUCGUUGGGGAUCAGGAAGCGAGGCCACAAGGGAGCGAAGAGGAGCGAAACGGGAUGGAGCAGCGACCCCGGCAGCACCCUGUGGCACGCAGCAUGGAGGCCUGCAUUGGCCAGAAACUCCAGCUAAUAGGAGACCAGUUUCAUCGGGAACAUCUACAACUGUAUCAUCGAAACCAAAGGAACCAGGGGCCGCUGUUGUGGCGCCUGGCCACAGCUCUGCUCAGCCUUCUGUUUGACAGAGGGUUCAUUGCUGGAGGAGGUGGAGCAGGACGGAGGUGAGAGGGUCUUCCCCUCACGUCCGUUUUCAUCAUCUCCAUGAGGAACUGGACUCCUAAUGGCACUGUCAAAUCUAUCACGGGUCUGUUGUGGGGGGGAAAAAGAAAGGAGAGACAAAGGGUCACCGCGGGACGGAGACAACCAACUUUUAUACAAGGACGUGUUUUUUUCUUUCCAAGAAGAUGCCAUGAUGCUCCGAGAUUCCUCCACAGGACAAUGUUCAUAUUUUGGUAUAUGUGUGGUGUAGUAGUUUUGUACAGUACAUUGUUCUUGUUAAAGUUUUUGCACUUCACAAUGUAUCCAUCUUUAAUGACCUCCACAGACCCUGGGAAUGCCUUAUUCAAUGUGUUCUGCCAGAAUGAGUAUUGCGCAACUUUUACAGGCAAGAUGAGAUGGUUAGGAAAUGAAAGGAAAUGUGGUGUGAGGUUUUCUUUUCUGAAGUUUCCCGGGUAACCAGUCAAGUUGAUUUACUAAUUUCCAAAGAGGCAACAACUCAGAACAAAGCAUUUUGCACCUCACCUCAAUGGAACAUUUAUCUUUUCUUCUUAUUUUGUUGUUUUCCUUUUUUGUUUUCUUUUUUUACUCCUCCAUUUUCUUUGGUAUGGUAUUAAGUUUGAACAUGAUCCCCUUUUAUCAUUUGAAAUAUUGGGUAAAAAGUUAAGUUUCUGCGCAUGAAAAAGUCCGCACACCAGGAUAUGCAAUCUAAAUAUCUUUUAAUAUGCACAUAAUAUUUGAGCCAUGCUACAUGUCAGACAAUUAGGACUUUGUGUAGCUCAGUAAGUGUCAGGGUGGAGUUUACAGUUCCGAACAUCGCUUACUGGUAAAACAAGCCUGGCGACUGCCAACAUACCUGUGUAUAGUAGCAUUAUUCAGACUGUGAGCAACCACUGCUUGAUGAUGUUAUUAACAUUAGUAAUGAUGAAGGAUUAUUGACAUUGAAACCAAACUUCAGAUAAAAAGGAAAGAAUAUCAAACCACGUGCAGUUAGCUGUAAUAGUUAUAAUGUUAAUUGACAAGACCAUACAGUAACAAACAACCCAACAGUGAAUAAUUAACAGUAGUCAGUAUGUAAAAUCAACACAUCGGUCGAUAUUGAUUCGUUUUCACUUACUACUAUAAGGGGUGUUUGUUAUUGUGCAUCUUGCCAGUUAAUUACUUGGAGUUCAUUAUUAUUUAAAGCUGCCUGUGGGUGGCUGGAUGUUGUCUGAAAUGUAGCACAAAGAAGAUAUUUAGAUGAAAGUUAUGGUGUGCUGACUCUUACCAUGUAGAAUAUUUUUGAAGGUGUUGCACCUGUGCACUAAAUUGCAACAUUAGUCAAGCAUAUUGUUUAUUAUACAGAGUAAAGUAGUCUUUACCCAAAUAGUAACAACUAUUUGGCCAAGUCUGCCUUGAUUAUUUUAUUUUUAAUUUCAGUGACAAAGUAUUCUUCCCUCAUUUUGAUCUUGUUCCCUGUUUUAGUCUCUUGUACAAGGUAUCCCUGUGUUUUAGGGCCUUUUCACACCUGAAAGUCCGAACCAAGGUUCAUGUUUUUGUUACAUUGUGUACAUUUGAUCCGAUUAGUUUUGGCUUCACAUUGCGAUUAUGUGAGCGCACUAAAGAACUUUACGUGACAUACCUACGUCCCGUCGUCAUCACCUGCAUGGGCUUCAUCUUCCUUUACUUGACAUUGAUUGGUUUGUAGACAGGCGUGCGUUUGACAUUGGCGCUGUUUGAGUUAAUGGAGAAAAAUGAAUGAACAGAUUCAUUUUGUUGCCACUAUAAUAAUAUUAUUAUGUCAUUAUUUUAUCUUAAGGUGGCAUUGCUCUCCCGUCCUCUCAUAUCCUCUUUCACUCAUCCUUUCCGAAAAUACCUGGAAAGUGUCAGCAUUUUUAGUUUUUUCCACUUGACUUUUUAUAACGUCGUAGGAACAUACUUCAAUUAAAAACUUGGUCUCCUCCUCUCCCCAUGUGCUACCGGGGCUCAUUUUUCCUUCCUGUAAUUGGUCCAAAAGUCUGAACCAUCCAAAAAAAAUUUCACACUAGAAAUGACUCGAACCAUGGUUCACUUUGAUCUGGACUGCGACCACCUCUUUUUGGCGGACCAAGGUUCAGGAGGUUUCACACCUGUAAUUUUGGUUCAGAUCAAACUGAAAAGUCGCAAAGUCCGGACCAAGUGACAUAGGUGUGAAAGGGCCCUUAGGUGUGUUCGUUUCAUGUGAUUGUUUUCAGACCUCCAUGCCCUUGAAGUGGAGCUGUGGAUCCACUGUUUUUGCACUAGACUACACCCUUCAAGAGUUCAGAUUGUUACCAAGUUAACCUCUGUCUUGUAUGAAGGUUUUCAGUUAUGACUUGUUUUCUUGCCACAACAUUUCAGAUGUUUUUUCAUUCACAAGUCCAAGACAAAUAAUCAAUGCUGAGACCUGACUGAGCACAGUCUGGAAUCUGGAUUGGAUAUGGGUUCUGGAAAUUUCAUGUACCAACCUUUCAGGCUACAAAGAGUUUCUCGUGCCUCGAUUGAAAGGUUUCUGAGUCCUGGUCUGUUUUUCACCCAGUGUGUGUACUGAACACCAAGCAAUACUGUAUAAUCAAUCUGUGAGAACAGAACAGAAUCUUCUCCUCUCAGGCUACCUUUAUGGGGUUUUACACCAUUUUAUAUUCUGUGAGGUGAUCUUGUAUUGUCUUUGGUGCUCAGAUCCAGUUUGGGGACGUUUUUAGUACACAUAAACACCACUGACUCAGCAGUCAAACAGUCACUGAAAUUAAACAAAAGUGACAAAGACUGUAAUUACUGUUUAAAUAUGAAAAUGUUUAAAGACACUGUUGAAGAUGCUGUUUGUUUUAUUUUCCAUUGCUGAACCCAGGCCAACUUUUGGACCCAAGGAGCAAUACAUAUCAGGGGUCUGUAAUUACUUGCUCCUUACAAUGUGUCAAGUUUAUCACUGCAUAAUUAGGGUUUCCUCUCGUUUUCUUAAAGAUGUCUCAGGGACAGACUUUGUGGGCUACUGGUAACCUUGAGAAUCUGUUACAUGGUUAGAGGAAGAGCAGUGUUGUUACCCAUUUAUUUAUGAUGAAACCUGUCGAGGUAUUGUCAAGUUUUCUAUUCAGUUAAAAAUUUCUCUCGGCCAAUCUCUCAGCACACACAUAAAGGUACAGUUUGACUGAGGAGUCUGAGGCUGACUUGCUGACUGUGGUGGUGACGGGGGCUACUGAGCGUGUAGUAGUAGGCGUGUGAGGCGCACUGAAUGUGGUUGUGGUUAUAGUUUCCUGCGGAUCCUGAACGCUGAGCCAGUCCAUGUAGCACCCCAUCUCACCAUUGGCUCUUGACUCCCUCUUUGUGCUGCUCCUUCAUUACAUGGGUAUUGCUCAUCGGUUCAUUUUCCUUGUAAUUUAUUUUUUUUCUCCUUAUUUAUUUUUGUAUAUUUGCCCAUUUCUACUGUAUACACUUGUGUGUGCAAUGACUUCUUAUUGUCCUUUUUUUUCUUUUGGUCUUGGACUUGUAUAUGCUUCAGUUGUUUGACUCUGUGCAGAGCAGGUUGGCCUGCAUUGUGCCUGACACUGCUUUGUGUGAUACUCAACCCAAAUUCUAUUGUUUUUUUUAGUAUUACUUGUUCCCUGUAUUUUGUGAGAAGUUUGUAGUUUUGCCCUUCAUGAAGAACAGCAGCUAAGUUGAGUUUGAAUUCAUUUUGGUUUAAAAUGGAUUUCAAACGUUCCACAUGGCCGCCAUCGUAUUUAUCUAUAGACAAAAACUACAAACCUCUUACCUUUCAAGCCUACAGGGGUGGAUGUUUGAUCCUCAAAAAAUAGAUUUUUGGGUGGAGUAUUACUUAAAGGUUGUGAUUUUCCAGGGAUGGGCCCAACCAAUUCAAACAUUUUUCAUUAUCAUUAACCACCCAAUUCACCCAAGUCCUGGUUUGAUUCUCAAUCUGUGGUUUAGAAAAGCAGUAGCUUCAAUGCAGUUUUGAAGUUUAACCUUCCAACAGGAUAUGACCAUCCCCUUAUAAUUACUGAGUCAUCGCCCAUCCCACCCAUUGCUAAUGAUACAGAUUACAUUAGAGAGGCUUCUAAACACAUUUAAAAAAGAAAGGUUGCCUUCAUAUUCUUUUCAAGUCACAGGGCGUUGAUUUAUGUGUUUGAUUCCUUAAUCUUGAUCAUUGUGUUGUAAUCAACAUGCACUGGAAAGUACUUUGUUUCUGUAGAUCCCAUGGGUCCCUUAUCUGUUGUGUGUUCAUAUAUAGUAUAUACUCUGGAUUGUUCUCAUGGGCUAAUCUUGCCAUGUGUCAGCCGUAUAUCUGUGCAAGUAGGCUCAGAAGGAUGGCCUGUUUGAUUUAUUGGAAAGGGAAACAAUCUACCAUGGUGCCCUGUAAAAUUUUGUUAGAAUGAGGUUCCCAAGCUGCACUCAUCACAAUAUGUGCGAGUGUGGAGUAUCCCUAGAGUGGGACAUGUAUUUUACGGAAACCGUCAGUGUCUUGAAUUUUGUAGUCCACUUUAUAUAAAUUUGAAGUUUUGAGGAAGGUUUUGAUUUUGAAUUUUUUUUUUUUAAUGAUAACAUUUCUUCUUCAUGGUCUUUCUUAACUUUUUAAAAUGUAUUUUCUUAAGAAAAAGGGUCUGCUUUUAUAAGGACAGUUAAUGCUUGUAAAAUAAUUUUUAAUACGAGUAGGAUCCUUUUGAAGUCCAUGAGAUCAAGGGCAUUUUUUUUAUAAAAAUGAACUUGCAACAUUCCUUGCACAUCUUAUUGUGGUGUAUAAACAAAACCAAGCAAACCAAAAUAAUUCAUUGUUGUGGUUAAUUUUGCUCGUUAGCUUAUAACUAUGAAAUAUUUGCCCUUCUUUACAGAACAGAUUAAGUGUACAUGUAUUUCUAAAACCCUGGAAUAUGCCUUUAACUGCUCAGUUUCAAAUGAAGUCUUGAUUAUCACACACUCUCUGUAUACCAAGAAAUGAGACCCAGCGAAAAUGUAGCAUUUUUGUAAACAUUGACUGUGUGUUUUCGAGACUAUACUGUGCACUCAUUUUUGUGUUUAUAUAUAUUUUUUGGUUGUUGAUAUAAUAUGGAAGUAAAGACAAUUUGUUAUGUAGUGCAAUAUGCUGUACAUAAGGAGCUUUGCUCUACAAAUCUUUUUUCUGGAUUUCUUGUUGUUUAUUGGUACUUUUUUUCAAUAAAAUUUUA